CCUCAUCCAGGGAUUUGUAGUUCUUAGAGGAGAAGACGCCGCCUUGUGUCGGAGGCCCGGCUGUCAGAAGGACUACAGUUCCCUCGGAGCUGCUCGGAAGUGUUAGUUGUCAAUAUGGCUGUUGUCAGACAGACAAAGCGGAGAGGCAAAUAAUUCUCCUCUGAUUAGAAAUCCUUGGAAAAGGGUCGGACGGGGCACCGCGGUGUUAAACGGCUCCGUCGCUCGGCUGCACACAGCGACACGGCGGCUCUUCGCUUCGGUUGUAAAGUUAAAUGUGUCAGUGGCCGUUUUGAACCGAGCAGCAGGAUGUCUGAGUUCAGCGAGGGAGCUCGCUUCACCAUCGAGCAGAUAGAUCUGCUGCAGCGGCUGCGUCGCUCUGGGAUGACCAAGCAGGAGAUCCUGGCACGCACUAGAACUCUGGACCGGCUGGACCGGGAGCACUGGGACAAGUUCGGCCGCCGGACCUCUUCCUCCUCCUCCUCCUCGUCCUCCUACGGAGUAGGCGGGGUGAACAGCCAACCAACAACUCUGCCCUCUACCGCUACUCCCCCAUCCUUCACCAAUAACACCACUGCCUCGGCCGCCACCACCUCCUCCGUGUCCUGCAACGCAGCAGCGGCGCUAUUACCAGCGCCGAGGGCAGCGCCGCCGACCACCUCGGCCGCCGUCUCCACGACCUCUAAGAUCUCCACAUCCAGCAGACGCAGUCAACAGCGGCGUGGGCUCUCGCCGUCGCCUAGCAACAGCUACGACACUCCCGCCUCGGGGCCGCCGCCACCCUCCGCCAUCCUGCCGUCUCCGGUGGCGCUGGUGGCGCUGUCGCAGUACGGCCGUGACAGUCUGGCCGCUACGCCCAACGGGAAGCUGUCUCCUCCUCGGUAUCCGGUCAACAGCGCAGCGCGGCGGCACGAGCGUUUGGGUUUCGAAGCCACGGAAGAAGACCUGGACUCGACGAACAAGGUGGAGGAGCUGAUGAGGAGGGACAGCAGUCUGGUGAAGGAGGAGAUCAAAGCUUUUCUGGGGAACCGGAGGAUUUCUCAGGCGGUGGUGGCCCAGGUUACCGGCAUCAGCCAGAGCAGGAUCUCCCAUUGGCUGCUGCAGCACGGCUCUGACCUGAGCGAGCAGAAGAAGAGGGCCUUCUACCGCUGGUAUACGCUGGAGAAAACCACACCAGGUGCGACCCUGAACAUGCGACCGGCUCCACUGCCUCUGGAGGAGAUGGAGUGGAGACAAACCCCGCCUCCCCUCACCAGCCCGGGAACCUUCAGGCUGCGCCGAGGAAGUCGCUUCACCUGGAGGAAAGAGUGUCUGGCUGUGAUGGAGAGCUACUUCAAUGACAACCAGUAUCCAGACGAGGCCAAAAGGGAGGAGAUAGCAAACGCCUGCAACGCUGUGAUUCAGAAACCAGGGAAGAAGCUGUCUGAUCUGGAGAGGGUCACCUCCCUGAAAGUUUACAACUGGUUCGCCAACCGUCGCAAAGAGAUCAAGAGAAGGGCCAACAUUGAAGCCACAAUCCUGGAGAGUCAUGGGAUAGAUGUCCAGAGUCCAGGGGGACACUCCAACAGCGACGACAUCGAUGGCAACGACUUCUCAGAGCAGGCGUGUGACCUCCCGUAUUUUGACAAGAGACCUCUGAGCCGACCGUUUGGCCUUUAUCGCCUGGAGCCCACCUCACCCACACAGGACGACAGCGCCGCCCACAGCGAGCACCAGGACCCCAUCUCUCUGGCCGUGGAGAUGGCUGCCGUCAACCACACCAUCCUGGCCCUGUCCAGAACCGGAGGGGUCCCCAACGACAUCAAGACCGAGUCCCUGGAGGACGAAUGAACCACCGGAGCUGGAAUACCAGAGGAGGAAGAACCGGGGGGACGAAGACAACCGAAGGGAAAACAAAGGCGUUAAAGAGAUGGAGGCGGAGGGGCUUUAAAAAAAUAAUGCUUCUUAGUAAACCAGCCCCCUGCCAGUCUCUCUCUCUCUCUGCCUCCCCCUCCUCCUCCCCUCCUCCCUGUGGUCCAUGUAAACAGUAAUUACCCCCCACCCUUCCACCACCCCUAUGGACUCAGCUGGAGGACACGGGUCACUAUAGGACCUCCUCUGUGGACAGAAGAAACAAAGGGGGACCCAGACCUCUCUAACCUCCCCUACAACGCUGUCUGGGACUCUCUCUCCUCACAGGAUACCUCUUCUCUCCCCUCUGCCUCCCCCUUUAGCUCUCCCUCUUCCAGCCUGGUUGUCUGAGCCGAUUCCUCAGUCUAUCUCACCUCAACGUCAACCUCAGAAAAUAACGUGUACUGUAUAUAUGAUAUAUAUAUAUAUGGUUCUAUGGUUCUCAGUCUCACUCACCUCAUGGUGGCUACCUAUCUACCGACCAACCUACCUACCUACCGACCGACUGACCAACCUACCUACCCUCUGACCUUCCUACCUACCUACUCUCUAACCUACCUUCCUACCUACCUACCUACCUACUGACCUACCUACCGACCUGCCUAGCGAUCUGUCCACCGACCUACCUACCUACCUUUUGACUUACCUACCUACCUACUUACCUACCUACUGACCUACUUUCCGACCUACUUUCUAACCUACUGACCUACUUUCUGACCUACCGACCUACCUACUGACCUACUCUCUAACCUACCGACCUACCUACUGACCUACUUUCUGACCUACCUACCAACCUACCUGCUAUGUCACCCUCCAGUCCGCCUCUUCAUCGUGCAGUUCAUGAAGAACCUCCAGCCGUCGUCUCGGGGAACAGAUGGAUGAAGGGAGCUUCCUCCGUCUCAGCAGGAAUCUUAUCGCAGAUGGAACUGUCUGUUCGCUGUUCUAGCCGCUAGAUCUAUCAUUUCUCUGGUUCCCUGGAGUAGAGCUGCUAAUCUGGAUAAAGACAAUUUUAAAAAAAUCCAAAAUGGUCUGUUGAAAAAGAGAAGUCGCCUUAAUUCCACUCAGAAGAAACAAGGAUCUGAUAAAUUACUCCGUGCACAAGAAAACGCUUUCAGCACACGUAAAAAAAACCGAAUUGACGUCCAGGUUUCUAUCCAGCAGCAGCAGAUCUGGUUUAGUUUCUAUCUGGUGUCUGGAUCAACACAUCUGCUUUAGUUUCUAUCCUGGAUAAACAGAUCUGAUUUACUUUCUUCUCUCAGCUCUCCGUGACGCUGUUAUUCAGGCUGAAAGGAUCAAUUUAGGAUCAGUGUGAUAAUCAAAGUUUCUAAGCUAUCUAAUAAGGGGAAAUGUGCUUUUUGUUUUUUUUUUUGUUUUUUUUUUAAUGUCAUCCAUGCCAAAGGAAAAGAUGCUAAAUGCUAAGCUAAGACUGAUCUGAAGGUGUUGAUCCAAAGCGACUCCUUUGGCAGGUUUCUGAAGCCUGGACGCUGCAGCAGGCCUGUCGGUACAGAUGUUACCAGAAAUACCCCGAGAUAUUUACUACGUCUGAACGCUGCCUCUUUAUAUUAGCCUAAAUAAUGAGCUUUUUUAAAUAUCUAAUUAGACUAAAUCCACUGGAAACGGUUAAGAAGAUCAGAAGUUUUUAAAAUCAGUAUCUAUAGAGCCUCAAAGGUCAAAUCAUCACCGUGAAGGGAAUCCCAAUCAAAGACAUGUAAAGUGGUGAUAUUAGACUUUAUUUUCACUGUUUGUUGGUGUUUUGUUUUUUUUUUACCCUGAGUGGAACUUUUCCAAAAUCAUCUCUGGCUGAAAGUCAUGAUGUUUUACUCUGAAGUCACAGAUUCAUGUUUUAUUGGAGACUAAUGUCCAUAAAUCUGGAUUUAGGGCGAAGAAAUCACAAUAAUGGGAAAUGAUUCACCUCUAGAGUUCCAUGAGAAGAUGGAUGCCGUCUGUGCACGUUAAAGGAGAAUCUCCUCUUAAAGAAUUCUUCUGUUUAGAAUCCUUAAUGCCAAAGAUAGUGGUUCUAUGAAGCACGUUCAGUUAAAUCAAUGAUCUGCUCUGUAGCAGGUGAACCGUGUCCGUAGGGAAAAUAAACGCUUUUUAAGUGUUUUUAUCAGAUUUAUCUCAUUGACCACUGAAAUUACAGUCAUGACUCCUGAUUUGUUUCUACCGGAGCCUCGUCUUUUAGCCCUAAAUCAUUUUUAAGCUGGUUUACCGAUAAGAACUUUAGCUACCAGACUGGAAGCUGGAGAACAUCCAUCCAGUCUCCCAGCAUCUCAUUCAUUCAUUCACCUUCUGAACUUGAAGCAGUUUCUGGGUUUUUUCUCACUGUGGGUUCAUUUUUCACUAAUAUUUAAUCCUACAGCUCUAUGGAAGCAGCAGAACCAGAACCAGGAGCAGAACCCCUCACAAAUCUGUUUUUAAACACCUUCUCCUUCAUUCUGUGGUUUUUAUUUAAGUAUUUUAAACAUUUUAGAUGAAUACUGAAGACAUCAAAACUAUGAAUGAACACAUAUGACUUCGAUAUUAAACAAUAAAAUGUUCAUCUUCAGUAUUAAUCUACCAUGUAGAAAAUAAUAGAAAUAAAUAAAAAGCAUUAAAUGAAAAGAUCCAGACUUUGGUGGUUCUGUCACGAAUACUACGUAGUGCAGAUGUUACGGCUUCCAUCUAGUUUGUUUCCGUACUUUUAUCUUCUUUCGUCUGCUUAAACAUCCUGCAGUUCAGCUGAAUAUCUAAAAUGACUGUUAGCUACAUGCGAGUCUAACUACAGACUGUUAUGGUUUGUUUUGCCUGUUGAGCUUCAGAGGGCCUAAAUGUGACGUUUAAAUCGGUGAAAGUAUUUUUUGGUCACAGUGACCUCGUUAUGUUUCACCUGAGGAGCUUUAAGGAGUUUUAUGCUAAGCUAAAACUAGCAUUAAAUAGUUUCUCCGGUUCCUAUAACGUAAAAAGCAGUGAGCUGGUGGUUCUGAAGUGGAUUCAUUUUACUUUAACCUGCCUUCCUGUAGGCGUGUUGGAGGCGUUGAUCUUCUCAUUGAACUCUUCUCCCUGAAACAUCAGACGUUCCUUCUGAAGGAAUCUCUGCCUGACUGAUGGUUUUGGAGACCUGGGACAGUAUUCUACCCAGCAGGUUAAACCCAACCACAAACCUCAUGAAACGGUCCGAUGUGGACGCCGGUAUCUCAGCCUGUUACACACUCAUGUUUUAAAGCUGUUAUCUCCUGGUUCCUGCUGGUCCGAUACCUCCCAGUCAGCUAAAGCUCUAUUUAAACCCACAGCUGGGACCUAAACUAUGUAUUUAUACUCAUUUUUUAUGGUAAUGUACAAAAAAGAAUGACAUGUUUUGAAAUGAAACAUGCUUUAUUGUUGUUUUCAUUUCUGUUUUGUUUUAUUCUUGUCAUCCCUUAUUUGACUGAACAACAGUCCCCCUGUACCCGAGGUAGGAAGAGAUGUUAUGAACGAUGUGAUGCACCUUAUGAAAAUUAAGUAUCGCUGUUGACUGAGCUUGAAAUGUAACCGUCUCUGUCCCCCACCACGACGUCUGACGUACAAUAACGGGGCUGGUGUGAACAAAAAAAGCAUUUCAACAGAGCUGCUUCACACUACAACACAGCCCCAGUAAAACGACACCAAACUCCAGUGAAAUCUGGAUUUUCAUUGGACAAAAAAUAUCUCAGAAAGCUCUGUUAGGUGUGUCUGAAAAUAGAAAGGCCCAGCUUGUCCUAUUGCUUUUAGAAACACGUGGUUUUGGAAAACUCGCUGUUUUCUGCCUGCUGACAUCCAAAAUUCUGCAGAAACGAUUAAAUAAUGAGCUGAACUGCUCCUUUAGGGCUCAGAAACAUCUAAAAAUAGGAGCACAUCGCAGCUUUACAAAGUAUAUUUAACCCUCCUGUUGUCCUCAUUUACGGCAACCAAAAGUAUUGUUUCCUUGUCUGAAAAAAAUCCAAAAAUUCUGCAAAAAAAUUCCCCAAAUUUCAGAAAAUUUGCAAAACCUUCAUGAAGAAAAUUCCAAUAAUUCCUUAAAGUUUCCUUUAAACGUUUUAUUUUGAAAAGAAGCCCCCAAAUUUGGCAAGAAAAUUCUUGUAAAUAUUUUCAAAAAAUGAGUAAAAAUCUUUUAAAAAAUCCUAAAAAUAUCUAAAGUGAUUCCAUAUAUAUCAGUGAAACUUCUAAUAUUUUAAGAACAUUCAGAAAAAAAUCAACCAAAAUCCAGUGAAAUUCUCUGGAUUUUUAACAUUUUCAACAUUUUUUCCACCAAAAAAUGUUCAAAGAUUUACCAAAAAUGUGCUAAUAUUUUUUUUCCACAUUUCCAAACUUUAAAACGGGUCAUUUUGACCUGCAGGACGACACGAGGGUUCAGAUAAAACACGACUGGAUGUUAACAGUUGAACUGUUUUUCUAUUUUUGGGGUUUUUCUCUGGAGUUUGAUGAAGUUCCCGUACUGAGAAUGUGUACGCUCAGAAAAUCAGUCGUGUGGGGGAAAUAAAGAGUACAAAGAGUGCAUUUAGAGAUUAUUCUCUCACUAUAAGACACUUUUAAAUGAACUGCCUUUGAUGCCCAAUUAGCGAGUUUUAAUCCAGAAGUAUUGAUGUGAGCUGGACGGGGAAUAAGAGAAACCGUCAGAAGAACCUGGAAGCGACUGAAGGAGGUUUUGUCUGCCUGAUGUCGUCUGGGUGUUCGUUUCUGAAGGUUUCCUCUGCUGGUGUCAGGGUCUACAUGUCCACAUGUCCUUGGUGUUUCCCCCAAAGUGAAGCGCCAUCCGCCUCAUCCCAUUUAGCUCAGAAAAGAGGACUGAACGCUGUUGUAUCAAUCUCCAAUCUAUUAUGUUCACAGUUACUGUAUUGCCCAUUUCAGAAUUUAGUGCCUUUUUUGGACAGUAGACUGUUCUGUAAUUAAGAUGUAGUAUAUAUACAUUUUUUGUACAGUUUCUUUGUUCAUUUUUUAACUUGUGUUUAUUUUAGUAUGAUAUAUAUAAUGUACAAGAGAAUAAAGCUAUAUCAAUGACACCA